ACAAGGCGAAGGCCCGCUCAAUCCCCACGCGACCCAUUACCAGAGAUAAGUACACGCGCUUCCACGCGCCUCUCUCUCUUUCUCUGUACAGCCGCUAAAAGAGAAACCGCCCUCCCCUUCCCACUCUCGUCUGUCGUUUUUGUUAUAUCUAAAAAGAAAACGAAAGGGGAGAAACCAAAUGAUGUAAAACCGAAGAAAAAUCUUGAGUAGCAACAAAACAGACAGCCUCACUCUCUCAUCUAACAUGCUUUCACCUCAUGCUUCCUCUCUGUUUUUUGGCCGCCAAAUCUUGCACCCCCCCUUUCAAUCCUUUCAUCCCAUUUUCCUCUAACUUCUCUUCUCUGACCCAUUAAACCCUUGCUCCCUCUUUCUCAUUUCCUUCAUCAUCCCACAUUUCUCCAUCCAAUCUACCAUUACCCCAUUUUCGGGCUUCUAUAAGGUUUUUGUAGUUGAUUGAUCCUUAACUCUUGAGACGUGUUCUUGUUUGUUUUUCACUUUCCCUCUGGAGAUUGCUUGAAUUUAUGUUGAGUUAAUGUGGACUGGACUGGAUUUUGUUUUGGAAAGCUUCUUUUUGAAUUGAUUUCCACUGUUCUUAAUUUUACCCUUUGCAGUUAUGAUUAGGCGAUUUGUAUUUAUUUCCCUCUUUGGAAUUUGACUCCUUACAUACAUGUUUUCUUAAAGAAUAUUGUACUCAUGAACAGUGUCCAUCUUUUGUUGCUGUCUGCCAUUCUUUCCUGUGGGGUUCUGCACAAUGCCGUUUGUUUGGCCUCAAAUUUUAUCCCCUUUGCCCUUAUUUGUGGUUCCAAAACACUUUGGUUUUUUGUGUAUUGUGAGAUCCCACCUUGGUUGGAGAAGGGAACAAAACAUUCUUUAUAAGGGUGUGAAACCCUUUUUAACUCUCCCCAGUACACGCGCUUUAAAACUUUAAGGGGAAGCCCGGAAGGGAAAGUUCAAAGAAGACAAUAUCUGCUAGCGGUGGGAUUGGGCUGAUAGGCUGAUAGGCUGUUACAUGUAUGGUCCCAAGUUGUUCUGCAAAGGAUCAUUUCUUGUCUUACAAACCCACAUGGCAUUCUUGAAGACAGGAUGUGUCGUAUGAUUGAAGGGUGGUGUGACUUUUAUUUAUGUUACUAACAAUUGGAUCGGUUCCUUCCUGCUGCGUCUUCUUCUAAUUCGAGUCCUGUGAUCAGUUCUUCGUUAUGGCGGGAAAAACGUCAUGGAUCAAGCUUUUCCACAAUGAGAUGGCAAGAGAUCUUAUAAAUUUCGAUUCGUACUCAGACUUCACAAAUGAGGGAGGCAUAGAGGCUGUAGCAGUUUCUGUGGAGUCGAUCCUGCCUGAUGACUUGUUGGAACGAAUUCUGUCAUGUCUACCAAUAGCGAGCAUUUUUCGAGCUGGCUCUGUGUGCAAAAGAUGGCAUGAUAUAGUCAGUUCCAGGAGUUUUUUGUGGAACUUCUCACAUGUCAAAUCGCAUAAACCUUGGUAUUUCAUGUUUACGAGCUCGGAUGAGCCGAUUGGUCAUGCCUACGAUCCAGUUCUUAGGAAGUGGUAUGCCAUCGAUCUCCCCUGCAUCGACAAGUUGAAUUGGUUCAUUGCCUCAUCACGUGGCUUGGUUUGCUUCAUGGAUAAUGACAGUAGAAGCGAGUUACAUGUCUGCAAUCCUAUAACCAAAUACUCAGUGAAACUACCGGAGCCCUCAGGAUCUAAGUUCUCUGAUUAUAGUGCACUAGCAAUCUCUGCUAACAGGGUUUCACACAAUUAUACAAUCUCUGUUGUGAAAUCUAAGCAAGUUCCUGGAAACUUCUUUCAAUGGGAUAUAUCGAUUCAUAUCUAUGAUUCAGAAACGAACACGUGGGCUACCUCCUUGACUGAAGUGUUGUUGGAGUGGAGAGGUGGCGACGAGAGUGUGAUUUGUGAUGGUGUUCUUUACUUCUUGCUCUACUCAACUGGGGGCGGGAUGUCUGAUCAUCGACAUGGUCUCGUUACUUAUAAUAUCUCUAACCGUUCUUCUCAUGGUUUGUUGAUUAAAAGCUUUAUUCCUGCUCCUUGUUCUCUCACAUGUGGUCGAUUGAUGAACCUUAAGCAGAAGCUGGUAAUGGUUGGAGGGAUUGGUAAACAGGAUAGGCCAGACAUUAUUAAAGGGAUUGGCAUUUGGAUUCUUUGUGGGAAAGAGUGGCAAGAAAUUGCACGCAUGCCUCACAAGUUCUUCCAGGGAUUUGGGGAGUUGGAUGAUGUUUUUUCCAGCUGUGGCACUGAUGACCUUAUCUACAUCCAUAGCUAUGGAGCUCCAGCUUUACUCAUUUUCGACAUGAACGUAAAACAAUGGAGAUGGUCGCAGAAGUGCCCCGUGACAAAGAGAUUCCCGCUUCAGCUUUUCACCGGCUUUUGCUUCGAACCGAGGCUCGAGAUCAAUCCCUGAUUUGUUUCAGCUUGUGUGCUGAAAAUUUUGGUUGAUUUGGUUCUUAUUUGCUUUCUCUUCUGAAUUUUCUGUUGCACUGAAGAAUCUACAUUCCAUGGAAGAAGUAUAUACAUGUAACUGCAGAUAAAAGCUGCAUUCAUAUUCAUGAAUAUGAGAAUAUAAUUCUUUACAUAGGAAAAUACCUCUCAAGUAAAACAGAUUCAAAUUUGGUGAUUCCUGGAACUUCUUCAAUGAAUCACUCUCUGUUCAUCUUGA